AGCAGAAGUGUUCGUCAUUCCAGUCUCGGCGCGCGUCUUGAUAACACACAAAAUUUCCAUCGACGUCGGAGAGCCCCCACGGAACUCAACAAACAGGCCAGAGCCAGGAGUCGGGAUACAAACAUUUUUUUCUGGGGACGUUUCGGUUCAUUUUCCGGGUUCGUGUGCUGUGUACAUAGACGUUGGGAACUCUCAUUCAUUUUUAUUUAAUUCACUUUUUUUCCGCGAAUUUGCCGGCGAGGCCCUUGUGACUCUUUGAACGGUUUAAUGGAAAAUUGACUGCCAUGAAAAAUAUUUUCUUCUUGCUGCAAUUGUUGGCAUUUUCAAAAUGGACCAUCACACAUAAUUUGACGGAACCUGAGUUAAGGAACCAAUAUGCGGAACAGGCUUUAUCAUCUGAACUAGAGGAAGUGGACAGCAGAAGCGGAGGAUGGUCGAAAUGGUCCGAGUGGUCCCCCUGCUCUAGAUCAUGCGACGGUGGUGUAUCGAAGCAAAUAAGAAGUUGCAAAACCACGUCAUGCAGAGGGGAACACGUCAGAUACAGAAUAUGCAACAUGCAGGCCUGUCCCGAUAGCCGGGACUUUCGCAUGGACCAGUGUCAGGCGUUCAACAAGAGCCCGUACAAGGGCCUGUUUUACGAAUGGACACCCCAUUACGAAGACGAGAAACCGUGCACGCUGACCUGCGUCGGCAGUCCGGUCAGCGAGAACGAGAUCACGCAGGACCAUCAUCAGGUGGUGGUGAUCACGAAUCUGGCGGAUAAGGUGCACGACGGGACCAGGUGCAGGCCGGGAAGUUUGGACAUGUGCAUUGAUGGGAUCUGUCAGAAGGUGGGAUGCGACUUAAGAAUCGGCUCCAGCAAGCAGAUCGAUGAGUGCGGCGUGUGCGGCGGAGACGGCUCGUCAUGCUUCAAGCCGAUCUAUCAUUGGACGCUGACGUUCACUUCGCUCUGUUCGAAGACGUGUGGCGGAGGCUUCAAGAUGUCACGUCCCGUCUGUCAGAAUCGAGUGACUGGGGAAGAAGUGGAGUCCGAACUUUGCAACGAUUCACAGAAGCCAGACGCAACCGUCGUCAGAUGCAACAUACACAGCUGUCCUCCCAAGUGGCACGUCGGUGAAUGGGGGACGUGUUCGUCCAAUUGCGGCGGCGGGACCAAACUUCGCGAAGUCUAUUGUGUGGAAGAAGUAAACAAUACCAAAAUCAGAGUCAAUAAUAACAAAUGUAGCACACCAAUGCCCUGGGAAGAAGAAAACUGCAGUGAAAUUCCUUGUCCUUCAUGGCACACAUCUUCAUGGUCAGGAUGUUCCGUUUCCUGCGGCGAGGGCGUGCAGGUCCGUGUGGUCGAAUGCCGGGCCAGCGACCAAGAGACUACCAGCACCAUGUGCGAUCUGGGUUUGAAACCGCCGGCAACCAAGCCUUGUUUCACUGGCAUCCAGUGUCCGUACCAUUCGGAAAGCAAUCUGGACUCGAGCGAGGAGCUUUUGACCAGCAAAUAUUACUCGCAACCGUUGGUCCAGCCGCCGCCGCCUCCCACCGCCGAACGGCUUAUUGGGGAGAUCAUCCCGUCGGAAAGCUCAUUUAUUCCGGAUGAAUGGGGACCUUGUAGCGUUAGCUGCGGUGAAGGAGUGCGUAAACGAGAAGUUCACUGUAAAAUAUUUCUGGAGUUCUCUAGGACCAUAGCUAAAUUACCAGACAAGCAAUGUUCUGGCGAGAAGCCUAUAGAAAUCGAAAAAUGCUUCAUGGAACCAUGUUCUUCCGAAAGAAUAGGCAUAGACAUCAAAGACGACCCCUACAGAUCAGAUAUAAAAGUUGCUGGAGGAUUGCCUGGAAAAUCGUAUUCUUGGAGAGAACAAGGCUACACUCAUUGCAGUGCCACGUGUCUUGGUGGGGUUCAAGAACUUAUAGUGAACUGUGUGAGAGAUGACACCCAAAAAGUUACAUCCCCUUACAUGUGUCCCAUAGAACUUAAGCCUGAGAUUUUGAUGAGGACAUGCAAUGAUCAUCCAUGUCCACCGAGAUGGAACUUUUCGGAGUUCUCACCCUGCUCUCAGAGCUGCGGCAUAGGCAUACAAACUCGUGAGGUCAGUUGCAUUCACGAAGUCACUCAAGGAGGUGGUAACACUGUGGUGGUUCCAAAUAACAUGUGUCCUCAACCACCACCACCAGACAGACAAUACUGUAACGUCCUAGAUUGUCCAGUUAGAUGGAAGGUACACGAAUGGUCUAAAUGCUCCAAAUCUUGUGGAACAGGAGAGAAAACGAGGAAGGUGGAAUGCAAACAAGUUAUGGCCCAAAAUCAUACAGUUGACAGGCUGGAUUCUAAGUGUCCACACCCUAAACCACAAGAAAGGAAACCGUGCAACACCAAAAGUUGCAUCGUAGAAAGUGACAGGCCACAAAUAGAUGUAUCUAACAGUACGUUCAUACAACACGAUCCUAAGAAAAAGAAGAUCUCUUUAAAAAUUGGUGGAGCUGCUACAGUCUUCCUUGGCACCACCGUAAAAAUCAAGUGUCCAGUCAAACGAUUUAACCGAACGAAAAUUCAGUGGGCCAAAGACAAGAACUACAUUCCGAAAUCAAAAAAAUACAAGACAUCCAGAAAAGGAGCACUCAGAAUUCAAAACCUGACCCUGCGCGACAGCGGUUUGUACACGUGCAUAGCGGGCAAGUCCACGGCCAGCAUCCAGAUAUCGGUUAGGCCUAAACCUGGUGAGUUUCCCACCUCCGAAGAAAUCCAGAAGCAGGGACUGAAAACUGAAAAAGGGGAACUAAUAUCGGAUGUUAAUGUAGGUAGGGACGAUCCCAAUCCAAUUUUCAGCGAUGAGCACUCGCAUGAACAAAGACCGGACAAACCAAAAAGGAAGACGACUCCUAGAACUAAGCUCUUCACUCCCACUCUUCCCUCACUCAGGUUGGACACUUCCAGCAAAACGGACGCACAUAUGACGUCUUCGGCCAAGGAUCCUGAUCGUACAGUAAAUUUACCCCCUAGUUCUUCCGAAUCGCUGAACCCAGUUUUCGAGGACACCCCCAGCUCAGCGAGUCGUAACAUGCCCCAUUUUCAAAAACUAAUUUCUAACAUACAGAAUUUGUGGCUUUUCCAGAUGUUCUCAAACUCCCGCGGUCACCGGAUGAUGGUCGACACAUUCCCAACUAGCUUGUUCUCAGAAUUAGAACCUAACAUGGUGCUGACAAUCGAAACGAAAAAGAACUACACGUGGAAGACCAGCGAAUGGUCUAAAUGUUCGGAAACAUGCGGAAAUUCUGGAUAUCAGAUACGAAAGAUUGCCUGUGUGUAUCGGGAGGACAACGCGACCUAUGAAGUAGAUCCUGACUUCUGUGAAAAGGAUUUUCUGGAAAAACCAGAGACAAAGAGGAGAUGUAGUUUGGGCGAGUGUCCAACGUGGAAGGUAACUGACUGGAAUUCCUGCGAAUCGGCAAAAUGUGUUGGUCACCACGAAGCUUUGCAGAAAAGGGCGGUUCUUUGUCAAACAUCAAAAAACAUCACUUACGAAAAAUCCAAAUGCAAUAAGAGGCAAAGGCCAUUGGAAACUCAAAUAUGUUUAAAUGAAAAAUGUGUUGGGUCGUGGCAACCAGGAAACUGGACUGAGUGUGCAGCAGCAUGCGAGAUGAAGGGCGUUCAACACAGAACUCUCCGUUGCGUUUGGGACGGAACCGAUAAGCCGGCAGGAAUGGUUUGUAGGGACAUCAAAAGGCCUCCAGUAAUUCAACUUUGCACAGGACCACCUUGCAACUCGAUCAAGAAGACGUGCAAGGAUCAUUCGAAAUUUUGCCUAAAUGUUAAGCUGACGAACCGUUGCAGGAUCAUGAGAUACCAGCAGCAGUGUUGUCGGACCUGCAGUCUUUAAGAAUUCCGUGGCGCUCUAACAAGAGAUCUCAAAUUGUUUAAAGAGUUUAGUUGUAGAAAAUGCAACGUAACAUGAUGUAAUCUUGGAUUAAGAUAAGAAUGUUUUGUGUUUGUUAAACCUGCACAUUAUAAUAGAGAUAUAAGAAAGAGAGACAAAUUCAGAUUCAUUUAAAUGUUGAUGUAAUUCUCCAAUCAAAUAUUUCAUCCGUAUUUUAGUUAAGUCAAGACUGAUUUCGAUUGUGUUCAUCUCGAACAAAUUAAUUUUCACAUAAUAAAUUGUUGUUGGACAUACAUUUACACAUUAUCAUAUUGUUUGAUUAAAAAAUAGUUUAAUGUCUCAAAACCAACGAUUUAAAUAAACCGCUGUUACCCAAAAGGACUUGUGGUUCAAUACUGUAUGUCAUCCUAUAGAAUUUUGCUUCUAAUAUUGUGUUUUAGAAUGAGUACUUAAUCGGAAUGAAUAUUGGACCACAUUGUUAAUCAUAUUCAAUGAAAACCACUAGCAUUAAAUUUGUCUUCCAUUGGUUCAUAUAAUUCCUUGUAGAUAGUUGAAGCAAUAGUGUAAAUUAAAAUAAUUUUUUCGAAGUUACUACCAGUAUUAGGAAUAAACCACGCAAGUAAUAUAAUCUAAGCCUAAAGAAAAGUUCAUGUAAAUGAUUUUAACCGAAUAGGAUUAUGUGAAUAUUGUAUAAAAUUUCAGUUAAUUAAUAAGCAAGAUUAUAGUCAAUAUUUUAGUAAUUAAAGAUUCAAAGGGCUUCAAUAAAUUAGGCCUUAGGUUACACUUUACACUGCUUAUUUUCUUUUUCAUGAUACGUUGAAUAUAAGUGAUUGAGCACAUGUUUUUUACAUUUAUAUAUAAUUUUUAAAGUUGUAUGCUGAAAGAGAAAAAUAUGCAAUAUGUUUAAUUGUUAAAUUUAGGUAUUAGAAUUUUUUGUAAUUUAAAUCUGUUAUUCAAUUUUUCCAAAACAAUGUUUAAUUAUG